AAAUUUAUAAGCAUGUUAACUUGGUCCCUUAAGCUAGAAAAUAUAAUGUCUAUCCGCUUUUAUUAUUGCUAUUUCAAAGCCCGCUUCGGUAACGUAAGGCACGUAUUAGCCGCAACGUUUACGCCAAGGAAAAUCUACCAAUCACAGCGUGCAUAAGUGACCUUGAAGUGCUCAGCCUCUCCAUAAGCCAUUUGUGCCGCUAUCCUAUCUCGUACAUCAUGCUGUAGUGUAAGCUUAUUGUAAUGACAUAACGAUAUUUUCUUUCAAAUUGUGACCGAAAGAAUAGUUUGAAAACAAUUAAUUUCAAUUUAUUAACUACUAUCGAUAAGUGUACUAACCAAGUAAAAGGGAUUUGGGUAUUUGUGUAAAUUUGGUGGAUUUUUCGCAGAUAAGAUUGAAUUUCUCCAGACUUAUACUAACACAUACACUCAAAGUUUUACACAGUGAUAUUUACUGAUGGCGUUUUGAGCACAAGUUAUUGCACUUAAACAUGAAAUGAUUAGCGAUUGGCCAACUUGACAACGUAUCACCCCAUACUGAUGAGAGAGACGGUAUAUCCAGUUUCAAGGUCAUGCUGGGUUCCUGAGUCUUCUGAUGAACGGUAUUCAAAUUCUACAUUUACUUUGGUAACCGUGAUUCACAUAGGCAUGAGAUAGACAUAAUCGCUUACUAAAUGUAUGUUGUGUAGUUAUAAGUUUGAAAACGUCCCUUGGUUUUAUUUAUUUAUUGAUUAGAGGUAUACUUGAUGAUUUUAUGCAGUUUACAUUUUAUUCUGAAGAAGUGAAUUAAAUUCAACGCUCUAGUACUGUAGUCUCUGAAAUUCGCUCAUUUAUCGGAGUUGCAUACAGAUGUGCACUUACAUUCGUUAGUAUAUCUGAAUUAAUUCAGAUAUACUAACGAAUGUAAGUGCACCGAAAAAAAUUUUUCGGUGAUAUUUAUUCGGCUUGGGAAUUUUGAAUCGUACCGUUUUUAUAUAUUUUGAAUGCCUGUGUGGUUAAAUUAAUACUCUUUAUUGCAGAAAUUCUCACUAGUGUGGUAUUAAUUAUUUAAACACUUGUACUUGUCCUUCUACCGAAUGACUGGAUCGCAAGACGGGGCCAAGUUCACAUGGCUUGCAGCAUGCUUGGUCAGCUUAUAUGGUCUGGGAUCGUGGAUUGUUGUUAAUGGUUUGUGGGUUGAGCUUCCACUACUAGUCAAUAUCUUACCAGAAGGUAAUUGAUUUCUGGAUUGUUUCCGCUGAGGGAUCAUUAGUAUGUGAAUCUUCAAAUUGUGUAUAAUAUUACUUAUUUCUCAGUUGAACUUCAUAUCCAGAAUAAUUUGUUUGUAAAUUACUUGUUCAGGUGUCAUGGAUAUAAUAGUCGCACCAUUUCGUAUUAUGUUUUUAAGAGGUAACUUUUGGGUAACUUUCAUUACUUGUUAGAUUGCUGAAUCUCUGGUUUAGGAAGUAAAAGAGAUCCAAAUAAAUUGCAUGGGAUUAAGUAAGACUAAAUCCAAACAUGUCUGUGUAAUAAACUUAUUUCAUCACCGAAUGUAGUUUACAAUUACUCCAGCACACAGCCGUUUAUAUAGCAUAAAAUAUAACAAACAUUUUAUUGAUCACACAAAAUUGUGAAUACUAGAUUAUUGUGAAGUUCUAAAUGAGAAGACUGAAGAACAACUAGCAAACCGUCCGGAAGAAUUAAAACAAAUGGAAAUAGUUUUAGGAACUCAGUAAAGGUAACAGAAUGUAGCACAUGCCGAUAAUAUAAUCUCAAGGUACACACCGCAGAUUUCCUUGUUUUGUUUUAAGUGUAUUUGUUUGUUUAAACGAAGAAAGAGCAAACGUGUAUACAGAGGAAUACGAACUGGUUUUACCUAGUAGAUUCUCUUCAUUUGCGUUGCAAUGGUGCUAUUUUUAACUGUGUAGGAUCACUGGCCUCGCGCGCAACCUCCCAUAUUUUCAGGGCUUACCAUCAAAUAGUAAACGGUGGGUUUUAGGUGAGCUUUCGCCUUGGGUCUAUUCCAGAUUUCCCUUGCGGCUAGCAUUGUAUAAUAAAACCAUUCACUCACUGGUGGUAUUUUGUGUCAUAUGGAUUUUCCGGCUUUUUUAUAUUGAUCAGUCAUUUUUGUUUGCAUUUUCAGAGAAAAAUCUUUCCUAUUUUUCCUUCCUCGCAUAAUUAGAUAGCAAACGUGGGUCCUCUUGUCUAUGUCCCUUUGACAAAAUUCUGCCACUCUAAAACAAAUAGAUUUUGUUCACAUCUUUUGCAACCACCUGAAAGGAUAGCGAAUUAUGUGAUACUAACAGUUGGUUUACUGUCAUGCAUACUGUUGGCACAAUUUUGGAAGGAGGUGAUUCAUAUACCAUCCUUAGGAACUGGUCAUCACAGUAUUGGCUUGUUUAUUUUAUCUCUGUUAGCGUCAAUAGUUGAUUGUACAUCAUCUGUUACAUUUAUUACAUAUCUAAAUGGAAUGCCUCAAUUAUAUGUGGGUGCGUUACACUUUGGUGAGGCAUUCAGUGAUUUGGUCCCAAGUGUACUAGCACUUAUUCAAGGCGUUGGCCCAGAACCAGAAUGCAUUAAUACAACAGUUAAUGGAACAUUUCAUACAGUGCCAUUCUUCCCGCCACCACGUUUUUCAAUUAGUACAUUUAUUUAUCUUUUAUGUACAGUAUUGGUUUUGUCAUUAAUUGCCUUCCUUUUAUUGGACUGUUCACCGUUUGGUUUGGGGAAAGCUGUUCAUCAGCAUUAUAAAAAAAAUCAUGUCAAAGUAACUUCCAGUGAUGAGGACAGCUCACAUUUGGAUAAGAAUAAAAGAAUCACUGAUUCGAUUUGUGAGAACACUGAAAGCGAUGGUGUCGUAAUAUCAAGUUGCGGUGAAGGAUCUACGCAGUUGUACAAUGGUGUUGAUGUCACAAACAAUUCUGGACCAAGUACCUUUUUGUCAUGCUUACUUAUUGGUUAUAUCAGUGCAUUAAGUUUCGGAUUUUUACCAGCUAUACAAUCGUAUUCUUGCGCAGCGUAUAGUGCGCUUACAUAUCAUUUAGCAGUUACUUUGUCUGGUUCAUUUUCUGCUAUAUCCACAGUAUUGACCACAUUUCUAGUGAAUCAUUAUUCUAAACGUGCAAAUUUGUCUACACUUUUAAAGUAUCAGUCAAACUCGGAGGCUGCGUAUGACGGAGAUUGUACAAAACACGAAGAGAAUGAUGUAAAUUUCCAUAAUGAGAUUGUGGUAAUCUCGAGUGAAUCAUAUAUGCGUUCACUUCACAGGAAAUGGAUUGGUGUUGCUUUUGUUUCUUCAUUGCCUGCAGCCUAUGUGAUUUAUUUGGCUAGCUCUAGUCCUAGUCCACCUUUCUUAGGCGGUUUUGGCUCAGCAAGCGCGAUACUAGCAUGGAUAGCUGUUCGAUGUCUAUUCAGCAGUUUGCGCACAUGGAUAUGGAUGAGUCUUUCUAGUCAUUCGAAUAGACCAAUGAAACUCAGGUUAGCAGGAUUAUCAACUCAAUUCGGUGCAGCUUUUGGUGCAAUAUUAAGCUUUCUAUUAGUCGUUUAUUUUCAGUUAUUUAAAAAUAAAAUACCUUGUUUAUAGAUUUUAUUGUAUGGAUUAAAAUUUACUUAUACUGUUGUCUUUCAUAAAUUCACAUUAUCUUGGGUAUAAUGAUUGAACUCGUUGGCUUUCCUUUUACUAAUCGAACGUUGUGACUUUGGUUAUUUCUUUGUUCUCCGUAAUUUUAGUAUUCUCGGUAGUAAAAUGACAUUGUAUUUAUUCUAAUAAAUUAUUUCUGUAGUACUA